UUUACUGGGCAUGUGGGCAUAGAGGGCAGUUCGCUCCUGACUUGCCUGUGGUGUUGACACUAACACGCUUUCGCCAUCAUUCAAGAUAAUCGAUUUUUUAAAACUCGGAUGUGGUUCUUUGAAUGCUUGUGUUAACUGCAGUCAGUCGUUGUAUUAACUACGGUAUGUCCUUUUCAAUGACAAGCGAUUCUUAAUGUGAUUCUUUGGAUAUUUACUGUUGACAUAGACGGCACAGAUUGAAAAUAAUUAUAUGCCAAUUAAAUAUGUGCCGUGAUAUAAAAGUUUUACAUUGAGAAUGGUAAAGAUCGUACGUGGCUGAGAAGUUUGUUUAGUCUACCUUCCGCGAGAUUACGUAUCAACACGGAGGAUAACUAAUCAAAACGAGUCCGACUUCGAUCACAACAAGCGGGUGUUCAUUUCGACCGGAGCCUUUGCCACACAACGACUGAACAUUAAGAUACAAAAUGGCAGCCAGUGAAUCCAUCUCUUACCCUUCCUGCUCCUCCUCCUCCUCUUCCUUGAAUUCAUUGAACACCGCCCUUCGCGACGCCCUCGCCCGCGCCCUCGACAAAGGGCGGGCUUCCACGGGCGAGACGAGGGAGAGGAUGAACCAUUACUACACCUGCAGCGUGGAGACAGUGAGAAACAAGGUCUCCGGUAAGUCUAGGAGAUGGAAGGAUCUCCCAGGGAUGCAGGAGGCGCGCGAGAAGGCGCUGGAAGGACUUAAGGGCGCCGGGAGGGUCCUCGCGUGCUUCGUCGGAGGAAGGGACGGAGGCUCGCCCAGGGCCACGUAUCAGCGACUGGAUAAUGACUUGGAUGAAGCUAACGAGCUGACCUACAGCUCGACCUCGCCCUCUACUUCCCCUUCGACCUCGUCGUCACCCUCGCCUUCGACCUCGUCCUCCACCUCGCCCUCGGAGCCCCUCCCUCGCCUCCGCGCCCGCGUCGCCUUCGAGUUGUCCAGGGCGGGCAAGUGGCUGGUGGCUGGCCUUCAAGGUUAUGCUGAAUCUGUCAAUCCUACCAUGGCCUACGACGCCCAAGCCAGGCACAGGCUACACGUCGCCAGUUCGGGCUAUCCAACUACCUUUCCUUAUGCCUUGUGAGGAGAGGGAUUGGCGAGAGCGAGAGGUCUGGGUGUAUGUUUGGAGAAGGAUGUCUGUUGUUUGUCUGUAUGAAGGACUUUCUAUAUCAGUGUGUACAGUUUUAAUACUUCCCUUGUUAAUGCGAGGAGAGAUAUAUUUUAUGAAACUCGUUUACUUUAAUAUAUGAUGGGUAGUUACUUUUUAUGUGAUGUAUGUGGGUGUAUUGUUUAUAUAAUUUGUAAUAUACAUUUUAUAAUUGGAUGGUUUACAUUGCUUUGUAUUUAACAUAAAUAAUGCCAAUUUCGCACAUGACCUUUUUGUAAACAUGUGCCCACAUCGUCUUUUAAAAUCAUAUUUUUUUAAAUGUGUAUGUGGAUAUGUAACCUAUACACAAAAGAUGAGCUUAUAUUUAUAUAUAAACAAACAUUGUAUAUGUUAUUUACCCGAGUAUCAAUUGUAAGUUCCGUGUAACGAACUGACAUUUUAUUACUUGUAUUUUUAAUCAGAUAUGGUAUGUGAGAACUGCUUAGUGUAUAGUACUGUAAAGCUAUUAAAUGUUAUGGCUUAUUUUGAUGUGUUUUUUCAUAAUAAUUAAAGAUACUAAACCAUUAAUGAGACUUUUUUAUAAAAUACAUUUCAAGUUGAAAAGUUUUGCCUGUGGUAGGUGUAUUCCAUCAAGUUUCGUAUCACAACGAAACUUUAUCAAAAUAAGUAGAAUUGACAUAAGAGGAGCAUGCUGUAAAUAUGCUAUUUUUUCAGUAAAAUUGUUUUAGAAACGGUAAAAUAUUAAUUUAGUAUCGUGGAAAAGAUUACUGCUCUCAUAUAUAAUCAUAUCAAAAUCUCUAAUGUAAAACAAGUGAUGAAACCUUUUAAUAUUGUUGUACACAUUUCACAUGAAAAAAAUAGGUAUACAUUUCCUUCUGCUUCAUUAGUAUUAGUACAGUAUGUACAUACACUUAAAACCAAUAUAGUAGUUUUAUGGUUUUGAUCUUAAAUUCAUUUGCAUAUAUUUUUUUAGACAUUUAAUAUCGAGAAAAUUAAAAACAUAUAAAAUCUGCACAUAUAUCAUGGAGAAUGUAAUUGACAUAUUCAUCAGAACUUCCAUUAUUCCAAUUGCAAAACUGUAUGGGUAAUAAAACAUUGAUACAGUAUCUUAUAUCGCUUUUAUUCAUUCUGAUGAGCUCCCUGAGCGCAUAUCAAUAAAAUGGAUGAGGAAAAAAAACUAAUGACAGAAAUAUUGGUUUUAACUGAAAGUACUCUACAAAACAUUAUGAUUAAUGAUGAAAAUGUUGGUUUUAACCGGUAAAUAUUCUACGGAAAAUAAUGUUUUAAGGCAAAAUUAGGCGUGAUAGUUCUAUGAUCUCUUUAACAUAACGAGAUUGAUUUUAAUGACAUGCAUUUAUAUUAACGUGGAUUGUCUUCAGCAAAUACAAGCCUAAAAUGUAAUCUGUUAAAAAACGGAAAUCCAAAACUUCUUGUUGAAAAUAAGAAAAAUACAAUGUUAUAAAAUAAUUAUGACAAUAACUACUUUUUAAAAUUAUGGCAUAAAAAUAUCCUUCUCGGCUUUUGGAAUAUUCUUCUUGCCAACUUGGGAGAUAAUGUGUUUAAUAUAAAUAAAUAAUUAAUUAAUGAAAAUAAUAGUACUAAUGAUAAUGGCAAUCAUACCAAAGAUAAUGACAAUAAUAAUAAUAAUAAUAAUGACUGCUAUUAUUCUUAUCAUCAUAAUUAUCAGUAUUAUCAUUAUUAAUAAAAAUAAAAUAAUUUCCUCCAGUCCUUAGUGGAAAAAAAGAAACAUCUUAAAAUAAUGAAUUCAGAAAACACACACAAUAUAUCCUUUUAAUUCUCGACUCGGUCCUAACAUCGCUAAAUGACAGAUUAUUUGUUAACUGCUGAUACUAUUAUCUUCACUUCCUCGCAAUACAUUUUCAUUCUUUUUGAUAACAAAAAAAAAUAAAUAAAUAAAAAAAUAAUGCUAAUAAUGAUGAUGAUGAUGAUGAUGACAAUGAUGACAACAACAAUUAUAAUAAUCAUAAUAAUA